AUGGGACAGGCCAUCCUCCACAGUGUACAACCCACCAAGCAGAAGAAGGGAGAAGCGACACAAAGCCCGCCAUGUCUCUCACCUUUCGCCUCUCCUUCGAGCAAGCAGGCCGACAGCAGUCUGUCCCCCGAAGACAUCCUCGCCCACUCCCUCGGCGGCAUCUUCCCCGACGACGUCACGUGCCAGAACUCCUCCGAGGGCAACCUGCUCUACACAUCGCCGCAUCUCCCGCACGAUCUCGAGUUCUCCUUCACCGAGCCGGACAAGUGGGAGGAGAGGAAGCUGUCCAGCCACUACCUCUGGGACGCCAGCCUGCUUCUCGCCGAGCUCACUGAGGAGGAGGAGGUCGGAGACGAAGAGGAGCGCGAAGAGGAGAAGAAGGAGUCGCGGCGCCGCCGGCCAUGA